AUGUCAAACCGCUUCGUAUCAGGCGGAACAAUUAACCCCACAGAUUCGUCACCGGACGCAAAAGAAGCAGCGCCACGGGAGCAACUGGCCAAGAAUGCGGAGUGGGAGGCCGUGCAGGCUGAGUUGGAGAAUGAUCGAAAGAGGAGAGAGGCGGAGAGGUUGAAGGCCGCGACGGGGGAGGAGAGGAGUUUAUAUGAUGUUUUGCAGGCUAAUAAAGCCGCAAAACAAGCUGCCUUUGAAGAGGCCAACAAGAUACGCAACCAGUUCCGCGCACUGGACGACGAUGAAGUUGAGUUUCUAGACGAAGUAGUCGCUGCGAAGAGAAAGGAGGAGGAGAGGGUGAGGAGAGAGACGGAAGAUGGAGUGAAGUCAUUUCGGGAAAGGCAAAGACGCACUAGUGGCGAGGGUGUCGUUGAAGAGGACAAAGAGGAAGAUUGGGGCGUGGGGAGGAAGAGGAAGAGGAGGGAUAGAGACAAGGAGAAGGGGGUGGUGAAGAAGAAGGUUGAUGACAGGGUGCACACUGUUGAAAUUGAGAAGAGUUCAGAGAAAGAAGAGCCUGCUGUCAAGGUACCAGAGAAGAAGAGCGCCCUGGUAGACUAUGGCUCAGACAGCGAUGAAUAA